CUUCCCUUACUGAAAAUAUAUACUUGCUUCCUGUUUUCACAAUGGAGAACCAAUAUUUCCUUCCCUUUCCAACCCUUUUCGCCUUCCUGUUAUUUCUUUUUAUGGUAUUGACACUAUGGAGGAAGACGAAAAGCAAACCUAAUCUACCACCAGGGCCAUGGAAGCUUCCUCUGAUAGGGAGCAUGCACCAUUUGGCUGGCCCCUCCUUACUCCAUCAUCGCGUAACAGAGCUGGCCAGAAAAUACGGACCAAUCAUGCACCUUCAACUCGGCCAAGUUACAAAUAUUUUCAUUUCUUCACCUGAAAUCGCUAGAGAAGUCAUGAAAACCCAUGACCUCAUAUUUGCUACGAGGCCAUCUCUAGUAGCAGUCCAACUUGUGACUUACAAUUUUACAGACAUUGCAUUUGCACCUUAUGGAGACUACUGGAGACAGAUAAAAAAGAUUUGCACAAUGGAGCUGUUAACUGCAAAAAGGGUCCAGUUAUUUGCACCGAUAAGACAAGAAGAAGUAUCAAAAGUCAUUACUGAUAUCACUUCUAAUGUAGGAUCAACCAUCAACUUUACCAACGUUUUGACUUCUUUGACGUAUAAAAUACUUUCGAGAUCAACCAUUGGUAAGAUAUUGAAGGGAGAAGAAGGAUUCAUUCGAGCUGUUAUGGAUUUGACAGAAGAAGGUGCUGGCUUUAAUCUUGCUGAUUUUUACCCUUCUAUAAAACUUUUUCGAAUGUUUGGUAGUUUAAAGCAUAAACUCAAGAGGAUUCAUCAACAAGUAGAUAAGAUGAUGCAAAAUGUUAUCGACGAUCGUAGAGCUACAAAACGGGAAUCUGGUGUUGAUGAUGAAGAAAGAGAUAUUGUAGAUGUUCUUUUGAGAAUUCAAGAACAAGGAGAUCUUCAACUCCCUUUAACGGAUGACAACAUUAAAGCAGUCAUCUUUGACAUGUUCUCAGCUGGCAGUGACUCAUCAGCUGCAACUACAAUAUGGACAAUGUCAGAGUUGCUAAAAAAUCCAUCAGUUAUGGAAAAAGCACAAGCUGAAGUAAGACAAGUUUUCAAGAAAAAAGGACAGGUUGAUGAAGAAGGUAUGGAAGAAUUACAUUAUUUGAAGGCGGCGGUCAAAGAAACUCUGAGACUACAUGCUCCUGGACCUUUGGUUGUGCCAAGAGAAUGUACAGAGAACUGUGUGAUUGCGGGUUAUGACAUUCCUGCCAAAUCUAGAAUUAAUGUGAAUUCAUGGGCGCUGGGAAGAGAUCCUGAAUAUUGGACAGAACCAGAGAGAUACUCUCCAGAGAGAUUCUUAGAUGGCUCAAUCGAUCAUAAAGGAAAUAAUUUUACAUAUUUGCCAUUUGGUUCUGGAAGGAGGCUUUGUCCAGGAAUCUUGUUUGGGUUAACUAAUAUUGAGUUUAUCCUAGCAAAUUUGCUGUACUAUUUUGAUUGGAAACUCCCAAAUGGACUACAACCAGAAGAUCUUGACAUGACUGAAGUUUUUGGAUCUGCAGCUAGAAGGAAAAAUGAUCUCCUUGUAAUUCCCUUCCAAUACCUUCCUCCAGCAGUCAACUAGACUUUCAGAAUAAGCUUUUUUAUAUGUCAAAUUGAUGUGAUGUCUAAAUAAAUGAAUGCUACUCUUUGUUUAGAACAAAUGAAUAUGGGAUCCCUUUAAUCUGUAAUGAGCUUCAUAAAAAUAAAUUCUAAGCAGCUGCUUGCUAGUUGCUGCUUCCUUUAUUUACCUCCA